AUGGGUUCUUGUAGAAAGAAAAAUUUUGGGAGUGGCAGCUUUGUGUCGAAUUUGAGGGAUCACAUUCAUGAAUUUAUUCAUGCCUCAAUGGAUGAACACAGAACUUGCAUGAAAGAGACAGUGCGGAAGAUGUUUGAAAGGGCAAAACUUUACAGAGAAAAGAGUGGCGGUGGCCCUAAGGAGGGAGAAACACCACUGCCUUUGCAGACAACUACAGAGUAG